AUGCUGGCCUUCUUUUGCGGCUUCCUUCUCGUGCUGUACCAGGUUUGUAAACAGAAGAGUCGGCGGGAAUACAGUGUCGCAACACUUAGAAUUGUCUAUUCCCGCACCAGCCUGUCUUACGGGCGGACUACUACUACUACUACUACUACCACUACUACUACUACUACUACUACUACUACUACCACCACCACCACUACUACUGCUACUACUACCACUACUACCGCUGUUACUACUAAUACUACUACCACUGGCGGGAAUACAGUGUCGCAACACUGAAGAAAACUUUUUCCCCCGUCUACCACCACCACUGAUACGGAGAAUACUACUAAUAAUCCUACUAUUAGUACUACUACUACUACUACUACUACCACCGCCACCACGGCUGCCAAUGCUACUCUACCAACGCUUACAGUAUGGGUAACUAACUGCAAUAAUACUAGCAUCAGUAACGGAGUGUUGCGACACUGGUAUCCAACCGAAGAGUCUCCUAAUUAAAGAACUACAUAUCCUCCUGAUAUACAGUAGGUGUUCAAAUUCAUGAAAUGUCGUGGUAAAAAUGUGUGCGAGAAGUACGUCAUGCAUUUGGUGUCGUUAUUUGCGUUUAUUUAAGUGAUUUGAAGCGCAGAAAGCAUUUACUGAUGACGGGGUUCAUUUCAAGUCAGUUUUAGUAAAGGAAAGCAGGCCAGAUAUGGGUGAAAUCAGACAUUUCUUGAUAUCCAGAUAGUUUUAAAUACUACUGAAAUUCGAAGAUCAAAACUCCAUGUUUAUAAGCAUUGUGUUGUAAACAUUGGUUGAAAUAAACAGGAAAAGGACGAAAUAAUUCCCUUCUGGAAAAGGAAAUUAGAUUUUACUUCCAUGAAGAUCAGGUGAGAGCAGGUUUGACAAUUUGCACUGUAUUCAAAAAAGGACCAAAAUCAGCGUAUAGAAUUCUUUUUUGUAAACUAUGGCGUUUCGUGCCAUAAAAGUUAGCAAUAAACUUGUUCGACAGUAGAAAAUCAGGCGAGGGCGAGCUUGAGAAAUUUCAUUGUUUUCAAGAAAAGAGGGUCAAGAUCGAAUUAUAAAAUUCUUUUUUUGGAAGUUUUUGGCUUUUCGUGCCAUAAAAUUUAGUAAUUAUUUUGUUCUAAAAUAGUUUGUUUUACCACACCGAGAACCAAUAUGCGUAAACAGACAUAUAUUGAGUAUGCGCGACAUGCUGCCACUUUUCUGUGUGUCACGCCGUGCGAUAAACAUGUCCAGACAGUGUCUUUCAGCAGUCGACUAUGAAAGGAUAGGGAAAUUCGUCGCGGAAGGGUUGUCGCGUGAGUCGUUAACAAGUAUUUUUAAUAUUAAUAAGGUUACUCUGUGACGAAUACUUACUGAUAGAACCUUACACAGAAAUAAGCAGAAUAGACCAAAACGGUCCACAUAAAAAAAUUAUCAUUAUAUGCUCAUUAAGACCAUUCACAGGGAACAUUUGCCGGCUAGAUCAUAGUUGGUAGCCAAGCCCCGUGUUACCGGUGGCUGAGGGGUUUGUUUACUGGGGCUAUUCUGCGGGACUCCAUAAUCACAUCUGACCCACUUGGCUUCCGUUUUACGUCUGAGGUUAGAAAUAGGGUACCGGUUAAUGGUUUCCGAUUUUCGGGUUAGGGUUAUGCCUUUAGGCUUAGGUUUUUGGGUUACGGUUGGGGGUUGAGCGUAUGAUUAGGUUUCAGUAUUACGGUUAGGUUUUCCAGUUACGGGUAUGUCUAAGGACUAUGGUUACGUUUACAAUUUGGGCUAGGGUUAGGCUUGCCGUUAAGGGUAACAGUUAACGCUUAAGUUUGAGGUUAAGGUUAGGGUUGGGGUAAGAUUAGGGUUAAGGUCGCCGUCCGGUUCCCCAUUCCUGGCCACCAACUGCGCUCUAACCCAUCUACCGAUGUGCUCCAUGAACAUAAUUAUGAAAAGGAUGCGGGAAUUUGAAAUUCAUCAACAAAAGACUAUGAUUAAGCCGUUUUUAACUAGAAAAUUUAUAAGUGAACAUUUUUUAUUUGCCAAGAAAUAUAAUAAUUACCCGCCCUCAAUCUAGAAGAGCAUUUACUUCUGCUAUGGGGUCUUAUUUCUAGACAAGCCAAUGAAGUCGACCCAGAUGCUCGUAUGUGGCAAAAAUUUCCCGAAAGAGCACACUGGUCCGAUGGCUACCUUGAAGAACUGUCAGCAGUUAAUGGUUUGAAUGACGAUUAAAUUCGGAGAGCGGCUAGUCCGGCGGUCGACCACGGACACCAUCGAAAGCAAGGUGUUUGUCAGCAUUUUGAACGAUGUGUUCGAUUACAACGACAUCCACCGACUGGACAUCAUCAUUUUACACGAAAAUACUCCUGUCCAUCGUUCUAAAGCAGUAUGAAUCUAAUAACGCAUUUAACCGUAAUUUGACUUUUCAGACAACAGCCAGCCCCGCCGCAUGUAGACUCCAGUCGAUUUUUAUCCCUGCCAACAGCUUAGAUCUCAGUUCCAUCGAAAAUCUUUUCGCACUUAUUAAAAGACUUUGACACAAGGCAAACAAAGGGCUUUCCGUGCAAGAAAAGCUUGAUUUUAUGCUAGUUAAUCACAUUAAACAAUCGACUACAGACAACUUGGCUAUCCCCAUGUCUGAAAGACUUUCUGCUGUGAUAAAUGCAAAUGGACAAUCAAAAAAGUACUGAUCUUUUGUACUUGCUAUUAUUUUUCAUGAUUUCCCCUAUUUCACGCGUCCCUCUACAUUAUGCACCCUUAUAAUUAGCCAUAUUUAGGCGAUUUGUAAUAUAGCCAUUUUCUGAAAUUCUAGUUUUCAGUGAAAAUUAAUUACUUCUACGUUAGUAAAUAUUAAUUUACAACCCCAACUAUGACUUCUUUCAAAGAACAGUCGUUUUUCCCUUCUGUAAGUCAUUGAGGAACGAAGGUUUGGCGGAUUUUAUGUUAGAGAGAUGUCCUUGUGCUAACUCAUUACAUUUCACAAGUUAGCACCCCUUCUGUAUUUCAUGAUUGUCCACGUUCUUUGGAUUCUCAUAAAGUUGUAACUGAACGUAUUCUUUUUAUGUCUGUCUCUAAGGAUAAUGAAUCUUGGACUUCAUUCUUUGAACGAAAAGAAUAUUUUGGUUUAAAAAGUUUUCAAUAUACAGUCAGUGACUGAUCUCAUGAAAUCUUAGCCGAAAUUCUGAAACGCGUCUUUAAUUAGGAGGGAGUCCUAAGGUGGGAUUGUAAUACUAAUUAUCAUGUAGCGCAGUUCGAAUAUAUGGUCGCAUCUUAUUUAGUAGCCGUACCUGCAGUAGACAAGCGCCAGCCUAACCCCCUACAGGUACGCCUACAAAAUAAGAUCUUGCCGAAUAUAUUUCUGUCGAGCCAGGAUGCUGGCUUUUGGCUGAACGUUUUUUCCUGUUGUCUACAAAAACCGCACCUAGCAAAAAGUGAAAUCCUUAGUAGUAUGCGUUUUUCUCAUUGACUUUCGAUGCUUUUGCGCACAAAAUCAUAUUUCACAUAGAGCAGGCUCGAAAUAUCCUUUUUUGUAUUCAUGUUGAAACAAAUCACGUCUCCUUUAAAUUUUAUGCUCGAAGGAAGGGUGUCUCUACGGUUCUCAAAUGUCUACAAUUAUAAGAAUUUUUAGGACUCUGAUAUGCCCAUUCAGUUAGCAUUGUACCUUUCAUCUAUUAAUGCAAAAUUUUACGAGCCCUAUAUGGUGUCUUCCUAAUGGCAUAGUGUUAUGACCCCGCUUCGUACUUGAAAGCACGUGGGAGCGUAUGCGUACCCAACUCGUGUCCCCAAUACAAACGCGGCAGAGAAGGAGAACGCGACGGGCCACGAAAAUGUGUGGUAGAAAAUUGCAAGUCAAGAUUAACUGGAAGUAACGCCCUACUGUGGUUCGUCGGCAUUCGGCCCAAUGCCCUUCGGGAAUAACAUUCCAGACGAGCCGUUCGAUAAGUCGAAUACGCAGAUCGAUCAGGCUCGAGGGGAAAAGCCAUUGGAGAGCCGCCACGAUUAAGAUGACAGCGCUGUAGAGAAAACGCAUGCGGCCUCCAGUGAUUGGUUGGCUCUUGUUUUCGGGAGUAAAGCACUCCCAACACAUAGAGAGGUGUGCGGUUCUCCUUGCAUGGAAAGUAUAAAGCUUGUAGAGCGCAAACCCUAACCGCAAAUGUAAAUACGGGUCGCGUUCAAAAUUAUUGGGGAUUUGAGAACCCUGCUGCCAUCUGUGGAACGCUAUUCAAUUUACUGCCCCCCAAUGUCCUCGGUUUCGUACGCGGUCAACAACAUUACCGGUUCCACCACAAAGGCACAAGCGCUAGCAACUUACCCACCAAAAAAAACAGGCUGCACAAAGCCUACACUGACCGCCGGACAGAGGCAAACAAAGCGACCUUCCGUGGGUGUCGCCGCUCUGUACAGCGACGAUUGCGGGAGAUGCAAGAGGCGCCUGGAUGGUUUGGAAGGCCGGGGAGAUCCAAGGGUAUGCGGACUGCAAUGACACAAAGGACUUCGUCGCAUCAGCCUAGGCGGUCUACGGCCACACAGCCAAAGGAACUGUCUCGCUUCUCAAUCUUUAUCUUAAGAUUGGGUAUGACCGGCUGACGACGGUUAAUAAGCCGUUCCAGUCCCCCUUGUCUUUGUCAGUAAUACCAUUCUGCCUAUAUUAUGCGCCGCUGUGCGGCCGCUGGUUGAGUUGGAGAGAGGGAGAACCCUAGGACACAAGGGUACGAGCGAGUUCCGUAAAAACGAUCGGUGAGCGUCUCUCUACCAGGCGACUACUGUUAGUCGAAGCAGUUGACGUAAACAUACACCUUGCCGGCUUCAAUUUGACCGACUUGCUCGUUAGAAAUUCGCAAUUAUGUGUUUCUGCUUCGAGUAAAAAUUGUGUCCCAGGAACGGCAGAGAAAAGUAAUCAACGACUGCCAACUUAAGAACGUGUUUUCAUCGUUAAAACGUUUUACCAGACAGACAACCGGUGUAAGACACGCCGCCGAUUUCAAGAAAAGUCUGAUCGAACACUAGAAAAGACACGACAACCAGCCACAUUCCCCGCCUUGAAUCAACGGGUUCGUACAAAGAUCGGCCAGGAAUGGGGAAGCGGACGGCGACCUUAACCCUAAUCUUACCCCAACCCUAACACUAACCUCAACCUUAAACGUUAACCGUUAACCCUAACGGCAACCCUAACCCUAACCGAAAUCGUAAACGUAACCGUAGCCCUUAGACAUACCCAUAACUGAAGAAACCUAACCGUAAUACUGAGAACUAAUCGUACGCUCAAACCCUAACCGUAACCCGAAAACCUAAGCCUAAAGACAUCCCUGACCCGAAAAUCGGAAACCAUUAACCGGUACCCUAUUCCUAACCUCAGACGUAAAACGGAAGCCAAGUGGGUCAGAUGUGAUUAUGGAGCCCCACAAAAUAGCCCCAGUAAACAAACCCCCUCGCCACCUGUAAUACGGGUCCUGGCUACCAACUGCGAUCUUGCCCAAAGAUCUUUCAAGACCUGGAAGACCAAAGUUUGUUUGCAACCUUGAAAGCAAUCAGAUUUUUAAAGUUGCCUUUGCUCCUAGUCCGCUAAGGUUUACAAGACGAGCUUCGCUAGAACUUGGUAUCUCUCAGUGAUCAGCUGUGAAAAUGCUGCACAAUAUUUAGGCUCUCCAUUACAACACUGUUGCGCACGACUGGCUUGAUGAGCGCUCCGCAGAAAAGUGGAUUGAACGUCCAAGUUCCAUUGAGUAUCCUCCUCGUUCACAUGGUCUUACACCUCUGCACGCUUUUCUUUAGGGUGUGCUGAAAAUCCCAGUCUACUCAGGGAAACCGUGAACUAUUCUGCGACUUGCCCCAAGGAAAGUGGAUUCUCGUACAAAAAUCAACGAAGUCUUGUGUCGAUUUGUGUGCUACUCCGUUCUUCACAGAAGUUCUGAGUGCAAUGAAUAACGCGGUCGACAUUUCCAGCACUUACUCUAAUUGUGCUCCUAAUGACUUUUAUUUCGUGUAUAGUUGAUUUAGUAAUGUAUGACCUGAAUAUCAGCAAAUUUUAUCAUUUGAACCAAGAGUUUUUGACUGCCCGGUUACUUCUGACUCACUAUGUAUUUUGAAUUAUUUCAUGCAAGGACUCUGUAUAAUUCAGAAGACGAAGGUGCGGUCACUGGAACAAGAAAUUUAUUGGUCUGACGCUUCGGAUUCUCACUCGAAUCCAUCAUCAGAGACAUUCGCAGAUAAAGGUGAUGGUGGCACAAGGAGUGCAGAACUUAUAGCACGUGGCUUCCGUGAGACCAUAUGCGACACUGUAAUUAACAGCUCUCGCAAUCACCGCUGGGGUCGUAAUUAAUGCGGUGGAGCGCAGAGGUGAACACUUUUCCCAACACCGGGGUCGGUGCGUCAGAUGGUCGAGCAAUCAUCACGCCAACAUCCAACGCACGUGAUGAAAUUGCAGCAAUUAUCGACUCGAAUGUCGGCCAUCAAGCAGUGAUCACACCAAGUGCGACGAUCCCGGAUGAAGGGGGGAGCCGUGAAUGUUCAUAGGUAUGCGGUAGAAUGGCUACUGCAUCCCAUAAAUACCGCAGCCCCUUGUGCAGCAACCACCCGUUUCUGCUUUUUUGUCUCUGAUGAUGGAUUCGAGUAGGAAUCCGAAACGUCAGGUUAAUAAAACUCUUGUCCCGGCGAUCGUGUCUCCUUCUUCAAGACAACUUCCUGGGACUCGUCUCUUCGCUUCUAUUAACUCUGUAUAAUGUUAUGUACGAAGUUAAAAUGCUGCUCCCUAUCAAUCAUAUGCCUGCUAGACAGACGGAGACUGUCACGUCAGACCUUCUCAAAUGCAUUUAUGCCUUCUCAUGAUCCUGAAAAGCAGACUACGCGCGUCAUAGUGACCAGAACUUCUCCAUGGGCGUAGGACAAUACAUGUCAACACUGAUUUGAGAUGCAGAGCGCCAAUAUAGUACUGUCCGGUGUUGUCUGGUGGCCGCGUAAUCGCCCCAUAACAGUGGGCAGUUAGAUUUCCGCAUGCUACGACGUUCAUCACUGAGUGGGUGCAGCCCCGGGAAAUUGCCUACCGUCUGCCGCAAUCUCCCCUCUCUCACUCUGCUUCGGUGGAGGAUAGCGUUAAGGCGAGCGGCGGUUGAUGCCGGAGCGGUGACUGACAGUGCUAAACAGUUGGUCUACGCGUGCUAUGCACGGCCUGGUUUCCACUCUUUAUGAAGGCUUACAGAGGGGAGGGGGGCUUUCAUAAUACCGAUUUAAAUCAUACAUGGGUAGGAGUGUCAUAAAGGCCAUACUGAGUAGGAGUCAUUGCAGUGAGGCUCUCAGUCCUCCGGCCACUACAUUCUACUCCCAUGAGAACCGAGUAAUGUCGUAAAUCGGCAACCUACUAAGCUAGAGUUGAUAGCGCGUCGCGAUAGACCCUAGCAUGUCAGACUGAUUAUAAAUAAUAAAUGCUGCUAGGUCGUGCAUACGGGUCGUUACUGCGGCAACGCCUCCUCUUCGUCGACACACGCACACAGGCUGCACAACCUGUGCGGUGAAGAGCUUAACGCAAGCCCUAGUCAAGAGGCAAAUAGCUCAAGAUCCACAUUUGGCGCGUUUUAGACUGCCGUCAAGUGUCCCCAUCUUCGCCCGUCAUUUUGGUCAAACAAUCGACCGAGAUAAGCAUCCCUCCGUAGUUUAUUCAGUGUCCUUCUCUAAUGAUCUGGCAGGAAGUUAAUGAGGACACGCCCUUUUCCUGCCGAGAGCUCACUGGGAAUGAUGACUUCAGCAUCCGCUUUUUACUUCUCAUCUUCUGCCAUUAAAAUAAGAUAAGUGGUCGAACAGGCGUCUGUUUCACUUACAAAAACCACAGCCUACAAAGAUUAGGCGCCGCGGCGGACAAAUAUUCGAACGAAGGAGUCAUUUGCAUUUGCGUUAGAAGCUGGACGCGAUGGACUGCGUCUAUGCUUCUAGCAGAAGCCCACGACAUUUUGGACGUUAUUAAACACCGCACGUCUUACCUUGCUUCAUAUCGAAGCAAUAGAAAUGUCGGGCUAUGAAUUUAGUAUAAUAGCCUCUUUCCCAACGAAAGAGACAGAAUAAAAAAAAGUUGACAAAGUCUCUUCCAAAAAUUAGCAGUAAAAAGUGAGUUGCUGGUGCGCACUGCACCUUUUCCCCAUGAUUAUUGGUAGCUUAAACUUACCUAGGUAGUGCUUCUACAGUGAGUGACUGAUCUCAUGAAAUGUUUACCAAAAUUCUGAAAUGCGUUUUUGAUUAGGAAGGAUUACUUAGUCGUCGUUGUAACACUGAUUAUCUUCCGGCAUAAUUCUAUGAUAUUUCGGACUCGGCAAGAUGUCGGCUCUUGAAUGCAUUUCUUUCCAAUCUCCUGUAGGAACCGUACUCGGUAAAAAAUGACUACUCAAAUAGCAUGAAUUUUUCGCACUGAUUUUCGAUGAUCUUAUAAAAUCAAAUAUGUUUUCUGGAAGGCAUGCUUUAAAAUAUUCCUUUUUCACUCGUUUAACAGAAAAUCACGUUAACUUUAUAUUUUAUACUUGAAGAAGAAGUAUGUUUAGGCUUUAAAAAAUGUCUCUUAUUAUGAGAUUGAUGUCCAUUCAUACAGCAUCGUACCUUUCCGUUUGUCACUGCUUCUUAAGAAAUGCACAGCAUAGUCCGCAUCCAUUGCAAAAUUUUAUGGGCUCAAUAUGGUAUCUUUUUAAAGGGAUAAAGAAAUAUACGAUUUUCCUUACGCGGAAGGCAUGUAUCUUGUUGACUAAAAUCACCAGGCGCUAAUGCAACGGCUGAUCCGGCCCUAAAUUAAUCAGGAAUUCGAAAACUUUUUUAACACAUAAGUAUACUCCAUCUUCAAGCAUAAAAUAUAAAGUUAACGUGAUUUUCUAUCAAGUGAGCGAAAAAAGAAUAUUUUUGUGCAUAUCUUCUAUAAAAUAUAUUUUAAUUUAUAAGAUCAUCGAAAAUCAGUGCGAAAAAUUCAUGCUAUUUGAGUAGUCAUUUUUUACCGAGUACGGUUCCUACAGGAGAUUGAAAAAAAUGCAUUCAAGAGCCGACAUCUUGCCGAGCCCGAAAUAUUUUAGGAUUAUGCCGGAAGAUAAUCAGUGUUACAACGGCGACUAAGAAAUCCUUCCUAGUCAAAAACGCAUUUCAGAAUUUUGGUAACCAUUUCAUGAGAUCGGUCACUUACUGUAUUUCCAUCUAAAACGCACACCACGUUCCGCUUACUCUUAAGGGAAAUAAAAGUGUCUGUCUUGGUCCAAAGUACAUAAGCAUUGCGGGGAUUUUGAUUGUUCUUAUGUCAUACUACCCAGCAUAGCAUUCAAGAAGGGCGUAACUUUUAACAAAAAGGAAGCCUAUCGUAGGUAAGGAAACCGAGGCCGAUGGCGAUGAAGAUGCUGAUGCUGUUGUGGCGAUGACGGGGAUAAUGAUAAUGACGAUGACGGUGGUGAUGGCGGUGCUCGUGUUGCUGCUGCUGCUGAUGAUGAUGAUGAUGAUGAUGAUGAUGAUGAGGAGGGUGAUGAUGAUGAGGAUGAUGAUGAUGAGGAUGAGGAUAAUGAUGAUGAUGAUGGUGGUGAUGAUGAUGAGGAGGAGGAGGAGGAGGAUGAUGAGAAUGAUGAGGAUGAGGAUGAUGAUGAUGAUGGUGGUGGUGGUGGUGGUGGUGAUGAUGAUGAUGAGGAUGAUGAUGAUGAUGAUGAUGAUGAUGAUGAUGAUGAUGAUGAUGAUGAUGAUGAUGAUGAUGAUGAUGAUGAUGAUGAUGAUGAUGAUGAUGAUGAUGAUGAUGAUGAUGAUGAUGAUGAUGAUGAUGGUGAUGAUGAUGAUUAUGAUUAUGAUGAUGAUGGCGGCGGCGGCGGCGGUGGCGGCGGCGGCGGCGGUGGCGGCGGCGAUGGCAGGUAAGAUUUAAAUUGCCGGCGACUAUAGCUAGGGUGCCUUUCAUCCAUUCUAUUAAAUAGCCCAGUGGAACGUUUAAAUAGACUUUUUCUCAUACAGAAUAUGCUUUAGCGUUAUCUUUUUAACGAACAGCGAGGAACCUUAAGACAUAAACCGGGCGGUUCUCUAAAUCUAGGAGCUUUCCUAUGCUUACAAUUGUUGUACUGUAAGCUCACUUUCUUACGAGUAUUCCUGUGUGAUUGUGUACGGAGAAAAGUGAGAAAGAUUCACACGAAAAUCCUUAGCAGGUUUGAAAGGAGGUCCUUCUGUCCGCUCAACUCAACUGAAACAGGAAGGCGGAAAAGCCAAUACUAUUUCAAAUUAGCGCAGCAUUUUUGUCCUUAAAAAUGUAAAUGUGUACCUUGGCGAAUUUCUGUGCCGUUCUACCCCACCAGCAGUUUAUAAUCUUAAAUUGAAAUUACAGAAGGAGCUAUGAACUGAUGUGUCGGCUAUCUAUACCUCUGACUACAGAUGGUAAGGUAGAUAAAACUUGUUUGAACUAGUUUAACCUACUACGCUCAUUCUGGCGUGACUAUGAAUGGAACGUAGAUGGCUCAAAUUGACUCCAAAUAAGUGGCGACGCAAACUUUUAUUCGGCCAAUGCACGAAAGUUUUCUGCGCUAGUUAGGCAAACUAGUCCAUUCUCUAUCCGAACUUUCUUCAACAACUGGCCGCGGGAGUAUGCUUGUCGAAAGUGGAGUGGUCAAAAACACAAAGAUCUUGAAGCAGCUGCCGCAAUCAGUCUCUCCAGGCAAGUUGUCCAAUCCAAUCCGUCUUCUGAGACCUCGGAUUUGGGAAUCUUCGUGUUUUCGACAACACCAUCCUGAAAAUUGGUGACCCCGACGUGAUCCGUACAGGCUUUUGCCUUUCGAGUGUCGUAGCAGACGAAAUCAAAACAUAACACAUCUCUCUCUCUUUCCUCUUCCAGGCAUUAGUCGAAUGUCCGAGCCGGACAGUCGACUGGUGCGAGGAUAUCACAAAUAGGAAGGUGAUCACCAGCAUUUCAAUACCCUGUUGGGCUCGACAGUCUCUGCGGGCAGUCGACAGACAACACAAGCUUCUGGAAAUACAUAUUCAACUGACAGACCGAAAAUGGAACGUUCAUACUUUGUUCUGUUAUUAUUUUAUAUAUAUAUAUAUAUUUUAUGAUAGUGGGCGCUCACCGAUCAGGUUACGGAACAUGCUCGUUCCGUUGUGCCUUGGGGCUCAUACUUAAACCCUCGCAGGCAGUCGCACAGCGACUAGUGAUAUAUGUUGGAAAGGUAAUACCGAUCGGUGAGCGCCCACUAUCAUAAUUAAUAUUCCCGAUCACAACCGACAGGACAACGGGCCCGUGGCUCAAUGGUAGAGCGUUCAACUCCAUGACCAAAGAUCCCGGGUCCGAAUCUCAAGUGAUCCACACUUGGGGUUGGGUAUGACUGGCUGAUGACGGCUAAUAAGCCAGAAAUGGCCAUUCCGGUCUCCCUUGUCUUUGUCGGUAUUACCUUUCCAACAUAUAUAUAUAUAUAUAUAUAUAUAUAUAUAUAUAUGUUAGGGGGCGCUCACCGAUCGUUCAUACGGAACUCACUCGUUCCGUUGUGCCUUAAGGGCUCUCUCUCGAGCCCAACCAGCAGCCGCGCAGCGGCGCAUGAUAUAUAGGCAGAAUGAUAUUACCGACAAAGACAAGGGAGACUGGAAUGGCCAUUUCUGGCUUAUUAGCCGUCGUCAGCCAGCCAUACCCAAGCCCGAAGUGUGGAACACCCGAGCCUCGAACUCGCGACCUGUUGGUUUAGAAGUCAACGCCUCUACUCACCGGGCCACGAGCCCGUUGCCCUGUCGGUUUUCGAUCGGGAAUAUACAAUGUUAGGGGGGCGCUCACCGAUCGUUCAUACGGAACUCACUCGUUCCGUUGUGCCUUAUGGACUCUCUCUCGAGCCCAACCAGCAGCCGCACAGCGGCGCAUGAUAUAUAGGCAGAAUGAUAUUACCGACAAAGACAAGUCAACGCCUCUACUCACCGGGCCACGAUAUAUAUAUAUCAAGUGAAUAAGUUCAGAAACAACUCAGUGCAGGACUUGGAGUUAAGUCUCCGGGACAUGACUUUUUAGGGUCAGAACCGAAAUUUCAAUGAACAUUUGAGUCGAAGACAAUCAACUAGUGUGGAAUAACCAUGUUAUGUCCGUUCUACAAACAAGUAGUACUACGAGUAGUAUGAAUUCCAUAUGGUAAAGGUAUUAAACCGUACUCCCGACAUAGAUACAUGCUAAAAGCCCAGACAUGUGUUUUGCCGAUAUUCUGCCGCUGCGUAACACAGCUGCGAGGGGUUCGGCUCCUCAGUGGGACCCCUCGGUGACAGGUGGCGAGACACUGAUGAACUUCGGUUCGAUGAAGUGCUUAUGACCCAUCUGGUAGGCUUCAGUGGUGGACCGACUGCGCCAGGUGCGUCUGUGUGCAUGUUUGUGUUUCUGGUCCCAGCUGCUGGUGGUCAGGGUUAUGAUUGGCUGAAUGAAGGCAGAAUAAGCCCGAAACAGUGCUGUAUCAAUCUACCCGCAUUCUCUGUCGUCCCUCCUCGCUGCUAUUAUGACUUGGCCGACUACGGCCUGGUAAUUGGUUGCCUGUUCGUGACCUUUGCCACACAUACGGAUCUUGUUUGCUUUGUGAAGCCAAUAGAUCGGUGUGCGCCCAUUCCUGAUUGAUAUAUAUAUAUAUACAUAUGGGUGCUGAAACCACUUAACGUGGGCGUUGGACAUCGACCGGAAGCCACCAUCCGCCGAUUAGUCAUGCAGCCAAAGGGUAGGCUGCCCCCUGAGGACAUGUCAGGUGUCAUUUACCGCGUCAGCUGCCUAGACUGUCAGGCCAACUAUUGCGGCAUGACAAACAAACGACUUAAAACGCGCACACAUGAGCACGCCUUAGCCGUCAAGCGGAAAGAUGCGCGCUCACACGUCGCCAUGCACAGUCUGGAAAAUGACCACCGCUUUGACUUUGACGGCGCCCAAGUGCUCGGCCGAGCGGAAAACAGACUGGCGCGAGAAAUAAUCGAGGCCUGGCAAACAGACGCCAACUCCAUCAACCGCUGCGUCGACCUACCGGCACCAUACGAGGCCGCCAAACACCACCUACGCACCAGGGGAGGCCUAAUGAGGAUAGAAAUUGACGGCCCUAUCAGGCGCGAGCGAGAGGGACCUAUUUAAACCGUGUAAUUUUCUAAUAUUUCCUAUCUCCGAUGAUGCGCUCGAGUAUGAGUGUGAAACGUCAGAUGAAUAAAUCAUCAUUCUCAGAGCUCGCCUUACCAUCUUCUUCAGGAAAUCAGAGAAAUUUAUCCUCCUUCCAGUCAAUCAAGACGGACAAAAUGGCAAAAAGGAAUACAGACCGUCCGAAAAACAGGCGGUCUUGCGCUACAUUCCACGAAGGGUAUCUAUUCUCGUACUGUUCGCUAUUUUCGAGAUAUUUGAUGGGCUUGUACGAUUAGUGGCGUAUGAGCACUGAUAAACCGUUGGCCUCUCGCGGUUUCCUACAAAAUCGUGCCUACGAGUCUGAUGCCAGCAGGAUGAGUGGACGGGCCAUGAGCAAGUCAGCACGAGAGACAAUGGAGUCACAAAUCGAUCAACAGAUGCGUUGAGCUCCACACCUCUCAGCCCAUCCUGCCCAAUCAGACUCAAGGACGCUGACUCACCUCCUUAUUGGUUAACGCAGCCAUCUGCAUGGACAUGAUGCGAAUUUUCUCGACGAGUGCGUAUUUUAAAGUCCUUCAGCUACUCCCUCUUUUAUUCUUAGAAACAGCUAAAGUCGGGAACUUCAAGACAAUUAGCUCCGUUUGCUAAUUUUAUACUCUUCUUUUCUACCCAUUGAUCCUGCAAGGGAUUCCUUACUAAUUAUGAAAGCUGGCAUGCAGGUGAGACAGUGCCAGGAUUUAAGCAGCUAAUUGGACACUAACAUGGCGGCGGAUAAAAAGCGUUCUGGGUGUUUCGAAAAAGCAGAACACGCUUUCCACGCCACCCCCGUCCGCCAGCAGAAUUGGGCAGGGAAGCUUUUGCAGCAUUCAAUUAUUCAUCUAUUUUUAACUACGGUUGUCAUCCUAAGCUAGCAAAAACCCCUCCGCGGAGGAAAGACCUCGGAACUAGCGUGCGCCAUAACAAUAUGAUGCCAUAAAUAGGGGCUAAUUACUAACUCAAAUGAAGUUCAGCAUACCGAGAAAAUACUUUCGUGAGAUACCUUCUUCAGCGUUCCUCAAUUGGUCAGGUUGUCGGAGUGUGUGCCUGGUUUGCGGAGACUGGAAUAAAGGCCAAUAGGCUAAUAGGACACACCCCAUUGCAAUUUGCGUCGGGCGGUCAAAAUAAUUUAUUUGUUUCCGUUUCCGUGUGCGUCGUUGAUCAGAAGAGCGCCCUCCUGGGUUCGAAAAGUACAGUAGGUGGGCUAAAUCAUGAAAUGUCAACCGAAAUUCCGAAAUGUGUUUUCAUCUCGAAAAGAUUAAUUAAGUAGGGCUGUGAAAUUAAUCAGUCUUCAGUAUAAUUCUACAAUAAUUCAGUUACAUCAGAAUGCCGGCUUUCGAGCAAACUUCCUUCCGGCGGCAUACAGAAACUAUACUAUGUAAAAAAGGACUACUUAGUUGGCAUGCAUUUUUCUCAUUGAUUUUCGAUGCCCCUAAAAGUCCAAUUAUAGUUCGUGGAAAACAUGCAAUAAAAUAUUCAUCUUUUCGCUCAUUCGGUAGAAAACUACGUCGUCUUUCUAUUUUAUACUCGAAGGAGGGACGUAAUUCGGUUUUUAAAAAGUGUCUAAUUGUGAAACUUUUAAAUAGCGUGAAAUGACCGUUCAUAAAACAUCAUGUCUCCGUAUUUACCAAUGUGGUUUGUAAAGUUAACAAUAUGACUGAAAUGCACUGAUAAAUUUUAUGAACCCCAUAUGGUCUCCUCUCAAUACCGUAGAGAAAUGUGUGGUUUUCUGUACCCGGAAAAUACAUGGCUUAUAGUUUGAAAAUCCUAAAUGCAGGUGUGACGGAGAAGCAGGUUCAAAAUUAUUCGGGAAUUGGAAAAGUUUUUGAAAACGGAAUAAUACCCUUCCUUCGAGUAAAAAAUAGAAAGAAGACGUCAUUUUCUACGGAAUGAGUGGAAGAAUGAAUAUUUUUAUUCAUGUUUUCCAUGAACUAUAAUUGAAUUCUUUAGGGACAUCGAAAAUCAAUGAGGAAAAUGCAUGCUAAGUAAGUAGUCAUUUUUUACAGAGUAUAGUUUCAUACUAUGCAGCCAGAAGGAAGUUCGUUUAAAAGCCAGCAUCCUGAGGUAACUGAAUCAUUAUAGAAUUAUCCUGCAGACUGAUUAGUUUUACAACCCCACUUAAUUAAUCUUUUCGAUACGAAAACGCAUUUCGGAAUUUCGGUCGACAUUUCAUGAGUUAGCCCACCUACUGUAGAAUCCGAACAGAAGCGUAGGUAGGACAGUGCAAUAACUUCCACCGUUACGUACACCGGAACCAAAGAGACAACUUUGUUGUUCGGAUGUGUAAGAGGAAGACCUGACUGUAGUAGGUUUCUUACUGGCGAUGGAUACCCCGAACCGUUCGAUAACGAAAACCACGGUUGAACGCCCGCCGACGACCGAAAGGAAAGACGUCUCUAUUUGAUCCACAUUUUCAGGAUGCUCAACCGCCCAGCUUCCGAAACGAUAUCAACCACAUCUCUUGUUAGUUUUUUUAUUGCUCAACCCCAAGGUGUUUUUUACGAAUCCAUAGCUUUUUUCACUCAGAGGUAAAAAGGAGUCGUUGCAGCACACGUCUAUGCAUUCACCUGAUCCCAUGGAGCAGGUUGCGUUGGUUGAACUACCCUAUGUCCUUGAAUGAGAAUUUUGCAGCACCUUUCGAUUUGAUUAGGACUGGAAGCGACAGGAAAGUUGCAUUUGAUCCCAUUCUAGCACACUUGUUUGGCACUGGUCAUUGUGUAGGCGUCGAUCAAGUCGUCACUUUGUUCUAUGCGGUGCUGAAUGACACCUCAUUGCCACGCAUUGUACUGGCAGAAGAAGCAUCAGUGAAAUCUCUUUUUAAAAAAGCAGUCAUCUCUUCUCUGAAGGACAUCGUACCGGUUCUGGCCGCUCCCCCGCCGACGAGCGUGUACGUGGGCUAUCAGCAUGCCAUAAAUCUCUCGCGGUGACUCAAGCAUUCCACACAACCUAUGAGUCAGCGUCUCUCAUAAACGAACUACACAUUCAGGCAAAGCAACCAUCGCCAAUAGAAGCGAAGAGACGAGUCCCAGGAAGCAGUCUUGAAGAAGGUAACACGAUCUCUGCGACAAGAGCUUUAUUACCCUGACGUUUCGGAUUCCUGCUCGAGCCCAACAUCAGAGACAAAAGCAGAUACGGGUGGUUCGUGCAUUAGGGACCAAGUCCAGGUCCUUCAGCUCCUGAAGUUCUACCUCUGGACGUACUUCACAUUCGACGGGACAAUCUACGUACAGGUGAAGGGCAGACCAAUGGGUUUGCCGAUUUCGGGAUUAAUCGCCGAGGUGGUCCUGCAACGGUUAGAGUCGCUGGUCUUCCAACAACACAAGCCGAAGUUCUGGGCCCGGUAGGUGGAUGAUACCUUCGUCGUUAUCGACAGGGAUCAACUGCUAACAUUUAAGGAACAGCUGAAUGCGGUCUUCCCAGAUAUACAAUUUACGACGGAGGAGGAAGAGAACAACCAGCUGGCCUUCCUGGAUGUCCCCAUACGCCGCAAAGAUUGUGGGGAACUAAAGACCAAAAUGUUCAGGAAAGCGACAAAUACGAUGCAAGUACUGAACUUCAACAGCAACCACCCAAUCAGCCGCAAACGCUGUUUUGUAAGGACGCUCUAUCGGUGUGUCGAAACGCCCUGCAGUGAGCCGGAAGACAAGAUUUCCGAACUACAAUACCUCCGACGGGUCUUCAAAGCCAAUGGCUACCCGCGCAACUUCGUCGACCGGUGCAUACGCAAAAGGGACGAAAGGCCUAACCGCAUGGAAACCAAAUUUUGGCGAACGCUUCCGUAUGUCAAGAACGUUUCGGAAGCUGUCGGCCGCCUUCUCGCACCACUUGGGGUUGGAGUGGCACACAGACCGGAGGCAACUAUCAGGUAUCAGUUAAUGAAACCGAAAGACCCGCUGCCACGGCUAGAAACGUCUGGAGUCGUUUAUCGGAUCUGAUGCAGUUGCGGACAAAGCAACUACGUCGGAGAAACCGGAAGACAGCUCCGAACGAGAAUGGCCGGGCACGCUGCAGCGGUGCGGAGAAAUAAUAAGAGUUGUAUUUUAUGCCAGUUUACAGGCAUUGUCAGGGAAGCGUUAAACACAAAUCCUGUUCACCUGCCAUAAAUCUCUCACGGUGACUCAAGCAUUCCACUCAACCUAUGAGUCAGCGUCUCUCACAAACGAAUUACGCAUUCAGCCAGACCAACCAUCUAUGCGAAUACAUAUGUUGACCACAAACAUAUGCACCGAAGACGAUAGUUCGCCGAAGAAGCUCAUUGCCAUGUUGAUCACCAUAUGCAACGCUCACAGAACAAAAUCCAUCUGGCAUUUUUUUGUAAACAAAUUACUUGUGACCUGUGUUUCCUUGCCAAACACUGCUUCCAUAUGCCCACCAGAUGGCAGAAUUUUAUUACCGACAAAGACAAAGGAGACUGGAAUGGCCAUUUUUGGCUUAUUAGCCGUCGUCAGUCAGUCAUACCCAACCCCGAUCGGUGAGCGCCCCUACCAUUGUAUAUUCCCGGUCGAACCCGACAGGACAACGGACUCGUGGCCCAGUGGUUAGGGGCAUUAGACUUCUAACUAACAGGUCGCGAGUUCAGGCCUCGGGUUUUCCUCACUUCGGGAUUGGGUAUGACUGGCUGACGAUGGUUAAUAUGCAAGAAAUGACCAUUCCAGUCUCCCUUGUCUUUGUCUGUAAUAGCAUUCUGCCUAUAUCAUGCGCCAUUGUGCGUCUGCUGGUUGGGCUCGAGAGAAAGCACGUAAGGCACAACGGAACGAGUGAGUUCCCUAAGAACGAUCGGUGAGCGUACCUGCUGGUCGGUUUAUAGAAUCGUCCCCAUCUGAAUAAUCUCCUUUACCCAAGUCUCAAACCCCACUUCCUGUUCACUGCCAUGGCCAGACCGCUUGCUUAUCAUUACGGAUCCAAGGAAGUUCCGAGAUUAUUUUUUAUAAACUUCUUUCGCAAAAUAACAUACUUCCCUAUUCGCACGGUCUUGUUUGGUUCACAAAACAAAAUGCUAAAUUAAGUCACGUCCUCAUGACUGAGAAACAUUUCGUCCCCUCUCUCCUCCCAGAAUCGCUGGACUUUCUAUCUCACAAAUCAUGGGUAAAGGUACUGCUCUGAGGUUCUUUUCCUCUAAUUCUUUCAUAAGGCAUUAGUGAUGUGACAAAAAAACGCCGCAGCCGCUUGUCGUUAUCGCGAGGUCACAGAGUUCGCAUGCCCGUUGUUAACAUCCAUCUUAUGUUUUUAUUUCCGCGUGUAAACGACACACAAACAGUCUUGGCUCGUCAGUCGAUGGGGUGACACGCUGCUGAUCAAGACUGAUGUUUGGGCUACGAUGCCUACGUCUUGAUGUGGUCAUUAUGACAUCCUUCUCCUUGUGGGCUCCGAAACCCGCUUUAGGGGAUUUGGUGCUCGUGGAGCUGGGGACCAGCUCGUGCGUGGCACGCGUAGACAGGCGGUCUAACCUUUUCGACCACUGCGCCCACGCUCGCCUUCGGUCUUCCUGACAUUGUCUUGACAUCGGAGCAAGGUGGAGUGCGGUAGAUGCUGCGCCCACUCUGUUGGACACUCGUUGGAAGUCAUCGCCUACGAUAGUCGGAAUGUCAGGCAAAAACAUCCUUGUACAGAGUUUAAGCGCCGAUUCCUGACUACGUACUGUUUGCGAGAUCUUCCGUUGGUUCUCGCUUCAUCGUGCUUCAAGCGUGCUGGUUAGUCAUUUGUCGACGGUAACCCAAGCAUGAUAUUUUGGAACAUGGCCAGAAGACUCAGCUAGCCACCACAGGAGUCAUCUGGCGCUGAAAGAGGUAUUUAAAUCCUGAACGGUGCGACAUCGGUGGAACAGGGAAUUUUUAACCUGAAAAACAUCGAUUCACAGAGAUCUGACAGUAAUGGAAAUGAGUGCAGUCGCAAUAUCUCCACAUAGUGCAAAGCAUAAAUGUUCCUGAAAGGAGUACCAAUAAAGACGCGGGAGACUAGACUGACCAUUUCUAGUUUAUUAGUCAUCAGCAGCCAGCCACACUCAACUCCAAUUUUGGGUCAUUUGGGACCCUCACUGACGAAAAGCAGACUGCUCAUGCCUAAGCUCUAAACAACUGACUAAGGAUGCAUGAAACCCCCGUCAUCAAAAACAUUUGGAACAGAAUCGUUCGGCCUUCAUACCCGAAAUUGCCCGUCAGUCCUUAUCAGUUGGAAUCGUGACUCUUCUCAUCAAAUAACUCUGUCCCACAGGGAAAUGCUAUGGACUCGCCGUCGCAUAGCCUAAUGUAGGCCAGCCUGUCUGUGGUUUCCACUCAACGCAGUCUCCGUGCUUAGCAAAACAGGAAGAAUGCUAACCGAAUACACUGAACGCAGAGCAAGAAUUCUCUUUGAUCUGGUAAUGCUGCUAUCGCUGGACGACUGUUACCCGGCGUGCGCCGGCAGUCAGCCGGUGUUUUUUGCAGUCUCAGUUCUGAGUUCAACCAAACAGACGGCUGGCUACCCAGCGCUCUAAUGCACCUACCCCUGCAUCCCAGUCGCUUGCUCCACUCUUUUUUUUCUGGCGACCAUCACGAUCUGAAAAGAGUAGUUGUGCCGUGGCGGGAGACAGAAAUCAAUGCAUCCAUCGGUUAGAUAGUAGGUGGUAGCCCUCCCGGUACCGAAAACUCCCAGCUACCUGACUUACGGGACCAGUGGUAAUAGGGGCUAUACGGAUGGGGCAAAUGAGUGGAGGCGUAAAUGGCGCUUGUAGGGAAUGCCUGGAAUUGACGAUCCUGAUAAAGUGGAAACCUAAUUUAUAUAAGGUGAAAAAUGCGAGGAAGGUGAACACUUCGGGUCUGAGUGACGUAUGAGACGCCUUGCUGUUGUAGUCUGAACCCAAGAGGUUGUAAGUGCGCGAUGUGGUAGGUGAAGUGCGCCCAGUUCAAACCCAGCAAUUUCGAAGCGCCCGGGGGGGGGUUGCCGUAGUGCCUUAAACUGGAAGUGCAGGAAAGGAUCGUUAACUGACCAUGGCGGUGUUUACAAGGCUUCACAGUUCUCAGCCAAACCCCUGCGACCAAAUACAACCGGACUGUUCGUAAAGGCGGGGGGUGGAGGGCAACACUCUGUCAAUACGACUGAUGCAGUUGAUGGAGUAUCGGUAGACACCCUAACUGAGCGUCGGUUGUCCUUACGUACACGAUCGCACCGGACUCUACUGGAGGUCUGGAGUAAAAAGACCCAAGGAUGCAGGCAAACCGACGAAACGGAGACCCGCGCCAAUCCGCCUAGGUUAGUACCUAUGCAAUUAAUCUGAUGCAGGUAAUACUGUGCGCACAUGCAACUAGAAACAUAAUAGGAAGCAUGAUGAAUCACAAUCCGUUUAGGAUAAAUCUUUCGCCUUUUACUAAGGAUUUCCGAGUGGGGGUGCAAUACAAUGAGUCUAUAUAGACAGUCUUGCAGCGCCUCGUUCUCGGGGCGGUUAAAGUGAAGAAGAAAGUCAUCCUGACAAGGCCUCUGUGCGUGCACCCCCCAGACAUAAUGAGAACGUUAUCACAGAUACCGAAAUCGAGCCAGUAGGUACAAUUGUAGAAUCAGUGGGCAGGACUACCAACUACCAUCCUGCCCAUCCAUCCCAAAGUUGGAGCGAUUAGUCAUCGCUAACGCGACGAUGUGUGUCCCCACCCCCUUUUGUGGUUGGGGGGUACGCAGGUGCACUUUUGGAAUGUACCGCGCGAUCCAGACAAGCAGCUGGGGGUCUGGUUUUGGACAAUCGUGUGUGUGCGAGACAUAGGGCGAGGCUACUCAGUCAAUUAAGAGGGAAUAUCGAUUGGUUCGCCCAGCUGUCAGACUCAUCACGGGUUGGUGACGUCUACCAAGCCGAAAAUGGGCCUCCAGUGUCCAGCCUUAUCACUUUAAGGACCCAUUUUGCGAGGACCAGGCCGUGUGUGGCACACCUGGGCUAUAUAGCUUUGACAGCCACUGCGCUCAAGCCCGCCUCCGAUCGUUCUAACUCCGUCUGCACACGGGGCCGAGGUGGGUGGUGGAAAAAGGAGUGUGGCAGAUGCUGCGUUCUCUACGAUGGACAGCUCCGCACGCGACGAUCGAACUGUCUUUCUGUAAGCAACGUCGCGUGUUUGCCCUAGUGUGUCGGCGCAACACGCCAAUUCCCAUACCUCAUUAGGCGGCAGCUUCACCAUCACCAAAUAUAGAGGGCGAACCCCGUAACUCUCUGAUCAUCUUGCAUGAAAGCAUGCGCUCGUUCCUUAUUCUAUUAAAGCUCUGCCUGUAUUUUUCUCAGACGGUCAGAUAUCGGCAUACAAUAGAAAUACCACUUAAACAGCGAAUCCCCAGGGUUCAACAUCCAAAAAGAUGACUGGGGUGAACGUGCUGUCGAAAAUAUCAUAUCCGAGCUCGACAACCAAAUGCAACGUCUGCCCAUCGGUAGCAAGUGACGGACAUGUACAGUACGUGACCUAUCUCAUGAAACCUGAUAACGGAAACUGAUAUGAGAAUUUCUGGACGUCUUUAACGUUGCGUAUUUUGCUCGCUCAUCCACUUCCUUCAAUGACACGUCCUUUUCUUGUGCAGAAAUUGUGUCAACGUAUCAAGGAAAAUAUCAAUAAAUUUUAGCGAAAAUUUACGUUGCCAGAAAUGUAACAAGCAAAACAUGAAUAGUUUCAGCAAAGUAUCAGUAUUUAUAUGGGCGCACUGCCAUGCAUUCAUAAUCGAAGAACGGAGUCUAAAAGAAAGUAAAAACAAUGAAAAUAACUUCGAUGUAUAGAGAAAAGUAUGUUCUUAGGUUUACGGUAGAAAAUAGUAGUAUUGUUUAGGAACAUGAAGGAAACGGCCAAAAGGGCCAAAUCUUUAUUUGGUCGCACCGUGCAGAAAUGCAAAGUACACAGAAAUCCGUCUACGGAGUGCAGUACUAAAACACUUUCUAAAGAGAUAACUUAUUAAGGAAAGUUUUCUAAUUGAUAUAAGGCAUAUUCGUUGUUGACUUUCGUUGUGGACAGUCAUUUACUUCGAAAAUGAAUUUUGAUGUUUGAAUGAGUCUUCACAUAUGACCCAAACGACCAUCCUCGUGAAAAGGAGCGCCCGAACACUCACUAAUUUGGUAAAUGACUUCAAUAAUUACCUUAUUUUAAAUUUCGCAACAGACAGGUAAUUCAGAAUUUGUCUUUAUGGACGGUAGGGUGAAAACAUUGAAAAUCCUGAAGUAUUCAGCAACAUUUCGAGGCCGAUCUGAAACUCAACGUAAUCCAAAAUGAACGAACAGUGUAAAUUAAUCUAACGAAAGAAAAUUUCUCUCUAUAAACACAAAAUGGUAUGUUUCAGAUCACGCCAUGCAGUUCUAUUUAAAUUUAUUAGGCAACGAUGGGCCUGACAGCAUGUCAUCUUCUGAAAUCUUUUGUUCCUAUGACGUCUCCAUCGGUGAAAUUAAGCAAAAUCCCAUUUGUCUUGUUGAACUCCCAUCCCAUUAAACUCAAAAGAAUCAAGGAUACCACGAAUCCCCGGAAAACUGUUUUGGAAUCUACACUCAGAAUGUAGGCAGUUGGCAAAUCACCACACAUGAAAUUACACUUAUUCUUAAUUGAUAUUCAGAUGUAAACUUCAAGUAAACACUACUAUUAGACGUUAUUUUAUUUCUGCUAUCAUAUUUACUACGUUUUUGAUAUGAGAAUACAUUCUAUACAUGUAAAAACGAAGUUUACUAGAUUACAGCCAUUUUUGGCGUUUUCACUGCGAUCUUCUAAAAAUAUUGGCAUUUCUAAACAACUCAACGCAAUCUUUAAUAUUUGUUUUAUGUUUUUAAUUCUUUAAAACUUGUGCUUAUUUAACAUAGACAUUGGACUCAUGAAAUGAGGUCGGUUUGCGAGUGAUUGGCAAUCAUUCCUAAAUUUCGACACCUUUCGUGGGUGAGGUAACGAACUGUAAGUAUGAAUUUCAGGGGAAGGGGUUGCUCAUAUUUCAGUCUUGCUACUAUUAAGUAGAAAGUGGGCCAUUUUCAGACUUCGGCCAAUGGAUCAGGCACGUUGUCAGACACCCCCAGCACCAGAAGUGAUGAUAACACUAAAAACCCAGCUGGCGUGAGGAGAGGCAUUUACGCCUGUUCGCUAUAAAUGCCUCAACGAGAGUUCUCGGACCGGAUCUGCUGCGUGAGGAGACCGUGGGAAGAGAUGGCGCCAAGGCUUGCAGUCCAUUGGCUGCUAAUUUUUAGUUCUCCCCCAUUUCCAGUUCAUUUUCGCCAGCUUAGCACCCAUUCAGCCAACCGUCUGGGCAGAAAUAGCUGAGCUGUUAAGCCCACGCCCUGUGGCGACUAAUGUUAGCCACCAGAUAAACAAGGAUUUAAGACGCAGCGCUCGGUACACCGUCUCCCAUACCUUGGCAAGUAUUUAAUUUCGAAUAUCAGAUUUAUGCGGGCGAAAAAAAGCUGGACGGUUAGGGAGAGAAGUGCUCCCACUCCAAUAAAAACUAGCACAAUUUUUUGUAGUUAGUCCUAGUCCCCCUUCGGAACGAGAGUACGGAUCUCCAGCGUGACGGUUUGGCAUCUCAAAAUACACCUCAAUCAAGUAACUUGCAGUGGCCGACCGAUGGAACAAACUACACUGGAUCGAUCACCGAGAUCAUUUGUUUAUUUUUUUGAGGGGCUUUCGAACGCGUCAAAGAUGACAGCAGCAAGUAAUGCAUGUGGAAUGACUAUCCGAAGGUGAUGGUAGGGGACGCUGACUGAUCGUUCUUACGGAAGUCACUCGUUCCGUUGUGCCUUACGGGCUCUCUUUCAAGCAUAACCAGCAGCCGCACAGCGGCGCAUGAUGUAGACAUUGGACUCAUGAAAUGAUGUCGGUGUGCGAGUGAUUGGCAAUCAUUCCUAAAUUUCGACACAUUUCAUGAGAUAGGUCAUUGACUGUAUAAGAAAAAAAUCCUUGCAAGCGGCAUCGCUUAAUUCCUCUUUGCUGCAGAACUGUUUUGUAUGUUUAACCCUUGAGGACUGCGGCGUAAAGGAUUUAACGUCAUAAAUCCUGAUUCCGUUACGAACAGGUGACCGCAAGACGAUAGUUCACCAGCAACUUGAACUUAUUCGUGCGAUCUAAAUCCAUCGGCGCAGCAGGCCAACGUCUGCCAUCGAGGCUGCACACAUGUAUGUAGUGACAUGUAAGUCCGUUUUGUUUUAAUAAGUUACAAUACGCUUUGACACAACUUUGAAUAAGAAUAAGAACACGCACGUACACUUUUACCUGCUGACGACUUUGUUCUUAUUUACUAGUUUGUAACUGUUGGGAUACUGCUAUUUUCGUUUGCCGUAUAGCCUACUCGCUGUGCCCAACUAAUGGGUUUGUCUCUUACAUGUAGUAAGCACACUGUCCAUUUGCGAGAUCCAAGUGCGUCCGCAAGAGUCCGAUCGAAACAAAUUUUCAUCCGAGGUGCUCGAAAAAAAUAAUUAAUACCACGACUAUUACGUGUUUGUAGUCUUCAGAGAAGUCAAAGUUCGAAUGCAGGAGUUUUGAACAGACAGACAAACAAACGAACAGAAGAAGAUGGAAAGAAAAAAGGACGUGGCGGAGAGGCCUUCGUGAAAUUCCACAGCGCCUGUUGCUUCUCUUCCUGCAGAAGAGUGUUUUGGCACACUUUCCUGACGUGAUAUCCGUCCAGGCACCCAAAAAAGGUAUUGCCAGCUGGCAAGCCCAGCUGUUGCGCUAACCCGUCCCCCCUUGGGUACAGAAACCAGACAACUGCGAAUUUGGUGUCCGUAACUGGGUCAAGGUCACUGCACACAGGCCUCCUCCGCUCCUUGCGGUAAACAAAGAUGAUCCGCGUCUACGCGAGACGUGAGGCGGGGGGGGGGAGGGGAGAGGGGAAUUGGGGUACAAAUGUGCAGUCUGCAAGUCUUGGCGCUUCUUUGCAUUUUGACAAAUUUUAAGGUGGAUGUACGUAACGAGCGUCUGCGUGUCCAAUGGGAACACAAGCUCACUAAAAGUCAACAAAGCUAGUAUCCAGGCUGGGAAAUUGGCCAUAGGAAUCACACCGAACGAACCUUGGAGAAAUUGAGGAGGAAGUAGUGUUAGCUGAGGGGUCAUGAAUGACGAACAGAAACGGUGAUGAGUACAACCUACACGGGAUCUGCUGGACGCAGCACAAACCAAUCCAAACUCAGUGCUUUUAUCAGUAGAAGCGGUAAGACGUUGAUGAUAGGGCUACGGGUAGGGGGCGCUCACCGAUCGUCCUUGCGCAACUCACUCGUUCCGUUGUGCCUUAUGGGCUCUCUCUCUCUCUUGAGCCCAACCAGCAACUGCACAGCGACGCAUGAUAUAGGCAGCAUGUUGUUACCGACAAAGACAAGGGAGACUGGUCUCCAAGAUGUCAGUCGCCCUAAGAGAAGUUAUAGGCUUCCCCUAGGCUGAAGGAAUUCAAGCAGGCGGGACGAAAGUGCAGAUUGCAUUAGUUUCAAUAUUUAAUGAAGCCAAUGGACCCCAGUUAAAAUUCCGUUUGUUCUCAGCUUGCAGUAGGCCUGCACAUGAAAGUCAAUUUGGUCUAUGGUAGGUGGCGUAUCCCACGCAAAUUCAGCAGUGUGAUCUCGGUUAGAAAGAUUUACUCAAGUCAGACUCUAAUAUGACUUAUCACAGAGCGUAAACUAAUGAUAUUUCCGUCAUGAUAGGACGCCAGUUUUUGAAUGCAUGUCCUCCAGACAACCUACAUGAAUCCCAGUCGUUAGAAGCAGCGGCUCAAGCAGUGGUUUUUCCACUGAUUUUUGAUGCCGUUAUAAAUGCAAGCACAUUUUACAGAAAACAUAAACAUAGAUAUCCUUUCCUGUGUUCACCACUGCAGUAACUGAUGUCUUUUUAAACGUUUUUAUCCGAAAAAGUGACAUGUUCUAGUUUUUUGACAAAUUUAUUUCCUACCAUUGCAAUUGCGCAAGGGGUUUCCAACUGUUAAACUGAACACUUGCAAUUUAAGAAUAGUUGUACGUCCCCUUAUUUUAGUAGGCUUUUGAAAUGUUGCUAUGGAGACGAACUACGCCCGCAUAAGGCGUCCUUGUAUGCGGACAACUACGACGUUAGUUGAGUGGCCAUUUCAGGGUCUUGAAAAAUCCCAUAAUUGCGAAGUAUUUUAAAUCGAGAGGUACUUUUCAUCCAGCAGAAAGUCUGAAGAAGACAGUAUUUACUAUAAAGUGAUUACGAGGGCACUUUUCUACUACAAUAUGUUCUGAUUCGAAAGUACACGGAAAGUCGACAGAAAAGGCGUAUACUAGUAAAAUAGUCUUUUUUAGCGAGAGUGUAAUCUUUGCAGGUUGUCGGGAAGUCACGUAAUCAAAAAGUCGGCAUCCUGGUUGGGUCGAAGUAUCCGGCGACUAUGCUGCAAAAUAAUAGAUUUUACGACCCCCACCUAAGUAAUCACUUCAAACCGAAAUCGUGUUCCAAAAUCGCAAUCAACUUUUAACGAGCUACGUCACCUGCCAAUUAUACGAGUCUGUCUUGUAAAUGUUAGUAGAGCCCCACACAAACAAACGCUUUCUUCUAUAAAGUCUCGUUUUUAAACGAUUCACUGAGUUACAGAAAGAGACGGGCUGGUGCGAACUAACCUGAACUGAUUGCAAAACGAAAUGCUAGUGAUUCCAUCUCAAUCUGAAGUGCUAAGCUAGACACCUCGCAGACGACCUAACAGGGACUAGGAAUCAAUACGCCAGAAGGGAUAUCAACAAAAACAAGUCUGCAUGAUAUGGUGUAUUGGUAGCACAUAAGUACAAUUAGCAUUCCAAUAUAGUUUUCGGCAAUACUACCCAGUACGCUGCACUUUGAGUGUGAAAGGGCUUAUAGUUGUUCUGAGCCCAAGCUCCACUCCGCUGGGCUGAGCAGUAGUUUGCCAUCUGAGUCUGGUGGACAGGAGAAGAGAGAGCGUGGUAGAUGCUGCGCAAGUCUACUCUCACCAUAAACCAAUUCACGCACAAGUUAGUAGCGUUGCAUUCCCCAUGCUCUAAGGCAUACGGCGAACGGCGUUACUCACAAGGGUAGAACUGUCGGUUACCUUUGACCUCCGAAUAUUUGUUUGUUUUGGUUGUUAGUGAGUAAGCAGUACAGCUCAUUAAUCCGUCAUUAGGGCUGACAGGUAAUACGACAUUCUCAGUUUCGACUCACCGUGCACUUUGCACGGUCCUUGUUUCGCCCCCGUAGAGGAGUCGUCGGAACAGUCCAAAAAUAAUGUAAUUGCCGCCAAUGCCUCUGACCACUGAGCCACGGGCUCGUUGUCUUGUCGGUUGCGAUCGGGAAUAUACCAUGGUAGAGGGGCACUCACCGAUCGCAACCGACAAGACAACGAGCCCGUGGCUCAGUGGUCAGAGGCGUUGGACUUUUAACAGGUCGCGGAAUUGAAUCCCAGGUAUUCCAUACUUCGAGGUUGGGUAGGACCGGCUGACGCCGGAUAAUUAGCCAGAAAUGACCAUUCCAGUCUCCCUUGUCUUUGUCGGUAAUGCUCUCCUGCCUAUGUCAUGCGCCGCUCUGCGGUUGCUGGUCGGGUUCGAGAGAGAGAGCCCGUAAGGCACAACGGGACGAGUGAGUUCCUUAACGACCAUCGGUGAGCGCCCCUCUACCAUUGAAAGUAGGAUUGUUUGUCGAAAAGAUGAGUUUAAUUUGACCUUCUGAAUUCUCAUGAAUUUAGUUUGAAAGUAACGCGAUCUGACGAUCUCAUAUCGGUGACGUGUGAGAGGUUCGUCCAAGAAUCAUUACCAGACCCUAGGGAGACCCGCGUGACGGUAGAAUUCAUUGAGAAAAACAGGUAAGACAGGGGAAUAGAACCCUCCCCGUAACAUAGGAGGCCUGGCGCUAAAUUCUAGGAAAGAUGCCUAUUCCCACACCCCAUCCUUGACCCUAAACCAUACCCCAGCGUUAACGUUUACAGACAUCGACACUUCGACCGUCUUGACCUACGAGGUCCACCGUGUGCUCCACAGCAGGAUGAGAGUUGGUACAGUUGUAGCAGUUCGCGUCUCCUCGCUCUCCGUCUUUGUCACGCUGCCCUCCUGUCCGCCUCACACUCCUUGUCGAUGCGCUGAUGGGAUGCGCGAGUGCUCGAAGCCAAUCAACGCUGCCCCCACUCUGAUUGGCUGGCGAGAUUGAGACAACGAAGGGCGCACACACGCGCUGACACAACACCUCGAAGGCGGCCACAGGCAACAGCUUGCUUGGAGCGCGCUCGCGGCGACUGCCUACAGAGCCUUUGUGCACACACUUUCCAGGCAGUAAAGUUUGUCCAACUCAAACCGUCUUUCCUGACUUUUGAUUGGGAAUCUUUAUCUUGUCGACCACACAACGACUUUCGACACAGUCACGUGCGCGUGAAUUAGGUUAUAGUGGUAGUAAACUUGCACAGCAUCUACCACGCUUCCGCCUCCUCUCCCUCCUGGACCCGCUGUUAAGACAUAGUCAAGAAGACCGGAGGCGGGAGAGGACGCAGGUGGCUGGCACAGCCGGACCCGCACCUAGGCGUGCCACUACAUCCCCUGGGUCACAACAAAAACUUGAUCAGGGUUGUAGUUCACAAAAGGGGGGACGGCGACGUGGGCCGGCAACUGGGCCUGCCACCACAACCCAAACUUUGGCACUGCCGAUAACUCCUGUCAGAAUCCAUUUUGGUUUUCAAAUUGGUCUGCAACGCACCACAAGUUCGACAGGGUUGUUUGAACUAGCUGAAGUCAUUUUGGCGCGGAUCCCAGAUGGGUCUGGUUUGAUUGUUUACCAGUGAAGAUGUCCGGUGUUCAUUCCCUUCCUGCCGCUCAUACCGCUUCCCCCGCUCUCGCCAUUCGUUCGUCACUCGUCUCGCUUAUCGUCAGCACACCCCCGGCCCUUACCUGCAGUGGCUGACAGCGCUUCACCCCCAACUGGUGUAUAACUGACAUGACACGACUACCUCCCACUCCAAAUUGAUCAUUUGUACAGUACCUCCUUAUUUUCCACUUUUCCUACUCUAUCCUUUUGCUAUCGUCACAUAGAUUUCAUACAUCAAAAAGCCCUUUUCUUAUGACAUCCCGAUAUGCUUAUCUGAUGUGAUGUUUGACAACUCUAUACAGUGUUACAUAACCGGAAAGUAGGAUUGAUUGUCGAAAAGAUGAGUUUACUUUGACCUUCUGAAUUCUCAUGAAUUUAGUUCGAAAGUGACGCGAUCUGACGAUCUCAUAUCGGUGACGUGGGAGAUGUUCGUCCAAGAAUCAUUACCAGACCCUAGAGAGACCCGAGUGACGGUAGAAUUCAUUGAGAAAAACAGGUAAGACAGGGGAAUAGAACCCUCCCCGUAACAUAGGAGGCCUUGUCCUAAAUUCCAGGAAAGAUGCCUAUUCCCACACCCCAUCCUUGACCCUAAACCAUAUCCCAGCGUUAACGUUUACAGACAUCGACAUUUCGACCGUCGUGACCUACGAUGUCCACCGUGUGCUCCACAACAGGGGGAGAGUUGGUACAGUAACUUGCGCGUGAAUCAGGUUAUAGUGGUAGUAAACUUGCCAGCAUCUACCACGCUUCCUCCUCCUCCUCCUCCUCCUCCUCCUCCUCCUCCUCCUCCUAUCCACCUAGACCCGGUGUCAAGGCAUAG